CGACUUGUAUUACCGGUCACCAUUUUCCUUCCACAUUAAAUUUUCAAUCUCUGUCUUGCCCACAAAGAAACCUAUACAUACAUAUAUACCUCACUCUCUAUAUCUAUAUAUACACACACUGAUACACACAUAUCACACACCCACCUGUUAAAAAUGCAUCGUUAUAACGCCUGGUUACCACCUCCGGUCGCCGAAGCCACCAAGAAAGAGAAAGAUUCAUUCGCCGGCGUUGUCGUUUCCGUCAAAGAUUCUUAUUUUUCCGAUGACCCAGAUUCUGUUUACUCCACUCUCAAAUGGAUUUCAGUCAUUGACUUGUUUAUAAAGGCGAAAAGUGAAGUAUCGAUGGAAGAUGUUUCUGAUCUUGUAGAAUUUGGCCUAACUGUGUUUAAUGCAUCACAAGACAAGCUUUAUGCCCAGGUGAGAUGGGGAAAUGUUCUUGUACACCUGCUGAAUAAAUUUCGCAAAAAGUUGUCUUUGAAAGUUGACUGGCGCCCUUUCUAUGAUAGUAUGAUUCAAACCCACUUUACAAGGAAUUCAGGACCAGAGGGAUGGAGGAUAAGACAACGACAUUUCGAGACGCUUACUUCCCUUGUUCGUUCUUGUAGAAGGUUCUUCCCACCAGGUUCUGCCCGUGAGAUAUGGUCUGAGUUUAGUUCUUUGCUCGAAAAUCCAUGGCAUAAUUCAGCUUUCGAAGGUUCUGGAUUUGUAAGACUCUUCCUGCCUACAAACUUGGAUAAUGAGGACUUCUAUUCACGUGAGUGGAUUGCUGCAUGUAUUCUUCAAUGGGAUUCUAUACCAAAUUGCCAGUUCUGGAACAGCCAAUGGGCUGCUAUCAUGGCUCGUGUUAUCAAAAAUUACAAAUCCAAGGACUGGGAGGAUCUUUUACCUGAGAUAUUCAGUCGAUUUAUGAAUAUGUUUGAGGUACCAGUAGCAAGUGGGAGUGGAUCAUACCCAUUUUCUAUGGAUGUCCCUAGAAAUACGAGAUUUCUGUUUUCCAAUAGAUCGCAAACUCCGUCUAAAGCCAUUGCAAAGUCGAUUGUAUAUCUGUUAAGACCUGGUAGCUUGACUCAACAACACUUUGAGAAAUUGGUCAACCUCUUAGAGCAGUAUUACCAUCCCUCUAAUGGUGGUCGUUGGACAUACUCUCUAGAGAGGUUUUUGUUUCACUUGGUUUAUACAUUCCAGAAACGUUUACAAUGCGAGAAAGAGAGUGAACAGAUUGAAUUUUGUCUAGGACCAUCUGAAAGGGAGUCUUUCGUGAGAACUGUCCUGAAGUUAAUCGAUCGUGGUCAAUACAGCAAAAAUGAAAAUCUUUCAGAAACAGUAGCUGCUGCAACGUCUAUCUUGUCUUAUGUGGAGCCCUCAUUGGUUCUUCCCUUUUUGGUGUCUCGUUUUCAUAUGGCAUUAGAAACGAUGACAGCAACCCAUCAGUUAAAGACAGCCGUCACAUCAGUGGCGUUUUCUGGACGAUCACUAUUUUUCAUGUCAUUAUCUGCUUCAGCAAUGGAAAUAGAUGAUGCUAAUGAUGCUGAUAUGUUUCGUGAUCUUCUGAUGAUAUCACUAACCAAUGCCUUGCUUGGGAUGGAUGCCAAUGAUCCCCCCAAAACCUUAGCAACUAUGCAACUAAUUGGCUCCAUAUUCUCUAAUAUGGCAACAUUGGAUGAUGAUAUGGACAAUUUGUCAUUCAUGCCUGCAGAGCAGUUCUCAGAAUGGCUUGAUGAGUUCUUAUGCCGCCUUUUUUCUUUAUUACAACACCUGGAACCUAGUAGCGUUUUAAAUGAAGAUGUUCAUUCACCUGCAACAUCCGGAACAUUUCUUGUCGAAGAUGGUCCUCAGUAUUUUUGCAUGUUGGAAAUAUUAUUCGGGAGGCUUUCAAAAUCCCUGUACAACCAGGCUAUCAAAAAGGUAUCCAAGUUUUUGAAAACGAAUAUUCUACCUGGAGCUAUAUCUGAAGUCGGGCUGCUUUGUUGUGCCUGCAUCCAUUCAAAUCCUGAGCUGGCUGUUGAUCAACUCGUUGAACCUCUUUUAUCUUCUGUUAUAUCAUCUUUGAAAGGAGUUCCCCUCACGGGAUUUGGGGGAAGUGGAAAUUUCACUGGCCAGUCUUCAGAUAAGGCACGAGCCACACUUUCUCCAGCCCUUGAAACAUCAAUUGAUUACCAGUUGAAGGUGUUGUCAAUUGGAAUCAGUUAUGGAGGUCCUUCACUUCUUCAUUACAAGGAUCAAUUUAAGGAAGCAAUACAUUUUGCCUUCGAAUCCCCAUCGUGGAAGGUUAACAUAGCUGGUGAUCAGAUCCUGCGGGCCCUACUUGGAAGUCUGAUUCUCUAUUAUCCCGUUGAUCAGUACAAGUCGGUUUCGCACCAUCCUUCUCUGACCUCACUGGAGGAAUGGAUAAGUAAUAAGGAUUUUUCGAAAGAUGAAGCCUUUACCGGCCCCAAGUGGCAUAUCCCUAGUGCUGAAGAAAUACAAUUUGCCAAUGAACUCUUAAAUCUGCAUCUGGAAUCAGCUUUAGAUGAGCUUUUGAAAAUAUGCCGAGAUAACAUUCACUCUGAUCCAGGAAAUGAAAAAGACCACUUGAAAGUGACACUUUUGCGGAUCGACUCUUCAUUACAAGGCGUUCUGUCAUGUUUGCCUGAUUUUGUUCCAUCUUUUAAAAACGGAAAUGUUGAGAAUCCGCCUUUCUUAAUUGCUGGAGCCACGGGGUCUAGUGUUGGUGGUACUGGAUUGCGUGAAAAAGCUGCUAAUAUCAUCCAUGUAGCCUCCAAAUACUUGCUUGAGAAAAAAUCAGAUGACAGCAUUCUUUUGCUUCUUCUCAUCCGUAUUAUUGAGGCUUUGGGGAAUUAUGGUAGUUCUGAAUAUGAAGAGUGGACUAACCAUAGGCAGGCAUGGAAAUUGGAAUCUGUGGCCAUAAUAGAGCCUCCAGUUAACUUUAUUGUACCGUCACAUUCCAAUGGGAAGAAAAGGCCACGAUGGGCUCUCAUUGAUAAAGCAUACAUGCACAAUACAUGGAGAACAUCACAAUUAUCAUACCAUUUGUUUCGUACAAGUAAAAAUGUAUCUCCUUCAGAAAAUGUGAAUGUGUUGAUGGAUGAUCUUCUUAAUUUAUGUGUGCAUAGCUAUGAUACUGUUCGCACUCUUGCUGGGAGAUCACUUGUGAAAUUGAUUAAACGUUGGCCAUCUCUGAUUGCCAAGUGUGUGCUUACUCUUACUGAAAACCUGCGAAGUGCCUCCUCACCAGAAUAUAAAGUUUUAGGUUCUUGUGCUGUGCUUGGAACUCAAACUGUUCUCAAGCAUCUUACAUUGGAUCCAAAAUCUUUCUCAUCAUUCCUUCUUGGAAUUCUUUUGAGUUCUCAUCAUGAAUCCUUGAAAUCCCAGAAAGCCCUCAAUGAGCUUUUUGUCAAAUACAACAUCUAUUUUGCUGGGAUCUCUAGAAACAUUUUGCGUAAAUCUGAGGAUCAUUCUGGGACAGACUUUGCAGCUUUGGUUUCUGAGAUCAGCUCUAUGGGUUUUGAGUCUACUAAUUUGCAUUGGAGGUAUAACUUGAUGGCCAACAGGGUUCUACUGUUGCUGGCUAUGUCAUCUAGAAAUGAGUCCAAUUUGGCAUCAAAGAUUCUCAGUGAAACCGCUGGUCAUUUUCUAAAGAAUUUAAAAAGUCAACUUCCACAGACAAGGAUACUAGCAAUCUCGGCUCUGAAUAUGUUACUGAAAGAAUCACCUUAUAGACUCUCAGCCGAGGAACAAUCUGUUGCUACAGGGAGUUCACAUGAGAAUGCCAAGUCCUCACUUGAAGGGACAUUAAGUAAUAUAUUUCAAGAAGAAGGGUUCUUUAGCGACACUUUCGACAGCCUAUCAAAUGUCCACAUCAUAAGUGACACUGAUAACUCGUCUUCUAGAGGCGGCCAUGGGAAUUCAUCAUUUCAAAGUUUAGCAGAUAAAUCCAUCACCCGCUUCUACUUUGACUUUUCAUCUUCAUGGCCCCGUACACCUACAUGGAUAUCUUUAUUUGGAACCGAUACUUUUUAUUCAAGUUUUGCUCGCAUAUUCAAACGUUUAGUUCAAGAAUGUGGUGUUGCGGUAGUACUGUCACUAAAGGGUGCACUAGAGGAGUUCGCUAAUGCUAAAGAACGGUCUAAACAGUGUGUUGCAGCCGAGGCUUUUGCGGGUUUGCUGCAUGCUGAUGUUUUUGGGCUUGAGGAAGCUUGGGAUAGUUGGAUGAUGGCCCUAUUGCAGAAUAUCCUUCUUGCACCAUCAGUUGAAUCGGUUCCUGAAUGGGCUGGUUGUAUACGGUAUGCAGUUACGGGUAAGGGUAAAUAUGGUACAAGAGUGCCACUUCUAAGGCAAAGGAUAUUCGAUUGUUUGAUCGAACCGUUACCUCAGACAGUAACCACCACUGUAGUUGCCAAGCGUUACUCUUUCCUUUCUGCUGCUUUGAUAGAAGUAUCUCCCCUGAGGAUGCCUUUAUCCGAAAUUCAGCUCCAUUAUAAACUACUAGAGGAGUUGCUUGAUAAAAUGAGCCAUCCCACUGCUCAUGUUAGGGAAGCCAUUGCUAUUGCACUUUCUGUGUUGUGCUCUAAUAUCCGAUUGCAUGAAUCCGUUAACAAAGAUUCUUCACCUGAGAAUGGCAAGAAUUUAGUAAAUGGAAAACAUGGUGAUGGUUGGAAUCAGUAUUUACAAGAACGAGCGUCCGAACUCGUGGUUUCAAUUCAAAACGCCAAUCCUUCAGACAAUUCUGAGAGUUUAGCAGAGACAAACACUGUUUCUGGGUCAGAUAGUAACUCAACAGACGAUGUUCAAUGGAUGGAAACGUUGUUUCAUUUUAUCAUUUCGUUGAUGAAGUCUGGGAGAUCUGCCUUCCUGCUGGAUGUUCUUGUGGGGUUCCUUUACCCGGUGAUCUCUUUACAGGAAACAUCAAAUAAAGAUUUGUCAACAUUGGCGAAGGCAGCUUUUGAGUUGUUAAAAUGGAGAAUAUUUCCGGCAGCUCAUCUCCGAAAGGCGGUAGCCAUACUUUUAUCUUCAGCAGAAGACCCUAACUGGCGGACCAGAUCUGCAACUCUGACUUUUCUGCGCAGCUUUAUGUACAGGCACACCUUCAUACUUUCAAAUGAUGAAAAGCAGAAGAUCUGGAAAACAGUUGAGAUAUUACUUACAGAUAACCAAGUGGAGGUAAGGGAGCAUGCAGCGGCAGUUUUAGCUGGCCUAAUGAAGGGUGAGGAUGGAGAACUAUCAAAAGACUUCCGUGAAAGGGCUUAUAGCGAGGCGAUAAAGCUUCAAAAGAGAAGAAAACAGAGAAACUCAAGUGCAGGUCCUUCCGUUGCUUCCAUACAUGGUUGUGUUCUUUCUCUGGCUGCUUGCGUGUUGUCUGUUCCUUAUGAUAUGCCCAGAUGGUUGCCUGAGCAUGCUACCUUAUUGGCCCGCUUUGUUGGGGAACCAUCACCUAUCAAGUCCACUGUCACAAAAGCAGUUGCAGAAUUUCGCCGCACCCAUGCAGAUACUUGGAGUGUUCAGAAAGAUUCAUUCACAGAAGAACAGCUUGAGGUGUUGGCGGAUACAUCGUCUUCAUCAUCUUAUUUUGCUUAAUUUAUAUCGUGAGAACAAUUAGAAGAUUACAAGCAAGUAAAAUUUGAUAGUAGUCCGAUAGAAUCUGUAUCUAUUCUGGAUAAAUAGACUAUAUCAAUAUUUCUUAAUGGCAUAUAUUUUCUAAAAUAA